AUGGACAGCGCCCCUGCAGCCGCUGUGCGCGUGCUCGGAGGCCAGGCCCGGGCGGGCUCCACCGCCGACAGCGGCUGCGCACUUCCUUCUGGUCCCCACAGUCUCCUGUGCCCACAGGUGCUGGCCGCCCACAGGUGCGGUCUCCGCCCAGCUGUGGGCUACGAGCUGAACCCGUGGCUAGUGGGGCUGGCUCGGCUGCAUGCCUGGAGGGCAGGCUGUGCCGGCAGCGUCUGCUACCGCCGUGAGGACCUCUGGAAGGUGAACCUGAGGGACUGCCACAACUUGUCAGUGUUCCUGGCCCCUAGCGUGCUCCCACUGCUGGAAGACAAGCUGCAGGCAGAGCUGCCCCAAGGGGCCCGAGUGGUGUCGGGGCGCUACCCCCUCCCCACGUGGCAGCCUGUGGCUGUGAUGGGUGAGGGUGUGGACCGCGUCUGGGCCUAUGAUGUCCGUAGUGGUGGGUUGGCUGGUCAGGCCUCCCCAGGACCCAGUUCUGCGUCAGUCCCUGGGGCCCCCAAUUCUCAGGGCGGCUGACCAUUUGGACACAAUAAAGACUCGGUGGAC